CGAGUCACCUCGGUUCAGCAGCAACUGGUAAAGCAGAGAUUGAGAUCAUCGAUAUUGACAUCAUCGGCAUUUGGCCGUAAAGAAGAAACAAGACAUCCCGUCGAGAAAUUCUCUCUGCUCUUCGGAUGCGAAUCUCUACUCCUACGGCUCAUCACGUUUGAUCCUGGGAGUCUCUUAGAGGUUUCUGUAACUCUAUAUCUGUCAAAUCGGCGUCGUCUCAGAGUUCUUCGUCUGAUCCGUUUUCCGAAACUCUUUCAGCCUCGAUUGCAAUCUAAGUGUUCUGAAAAAAUGGCGGAGGAGAGCAGCUUGGAUGGUUCCGAAAAGGAAGAGAUCGGCAGCUCAGCCCUUGAAGUACCUGGUGCUCCCAGGAAUGAUUACGAGGACUUGACCGUCGGGAGGAGAGUGUUGCUUGCAUUCCAGACACUAGGGGUUGUCUUCGGAGAUGUAGGAAUCAGUCCAUUGUAUACAUUCAGUGUAAUGUUCAGUAAAUCACCUGUCCAAGAAAAAGAAGAUGUCAUUGGAGCAUUGUCACUAGUGUUAUACACCUUACUUUUAGUCCCCCUUAUUAAAUAUGUUCUUAUUGUUCUAUGGGCAAAUGAUGAUGGUGAAGGUGGGACCUUUGCGUUAUACUCAUUAAUCUCUCGUCAUGCCAAGAUUAGUCUUAUCCCAAAUCAACUUCGCUCAGACGCCCGGAUUUCAAGUUUUAGACUGAAGGUGCCUUGCCCUGAGCUUGAGAGAUCACUGAAACUAAAAGAAAAACUCGAGAAUUCAUUAAUUCUGAAGAAAAUUCUCCUCGUGCUAGUUCUUGCUGGAACUUCCAUGGUGAUUGCCGAUGGGGUUGUUACUCCUGCAAUGUCAGUAAUGUCAGCUGUUGGUGGACUUAAGGUCGGAGUUGAUGCGGUUGAGCAAGAUCAAGUGGUGAUGAUUUCGGUUGCAUUCCUGGUGAUCCUGUUUAGUCUACAAAAGUAUGGGACGAGUAAGAUGGGACUAGUUGUAGGCCCUGCCUUACUCAUAUGGUUCUGCUGUCUUGCUGGUAUUGGCAUUUACAACCUGAUCAAAUACGAUAGCAGUGUUUACAGAGCAUUCAACCCUGUCCACAUCUAUUACUUCUUCAAGAGGAACUCUGUAAAUGCGUGGUAUGCCCUUGGAGGUUGCAUUCUCUGUGCUACAGGCUCAGAGGCAUUAUUUGCAGACCUGUGCUACUUUUCUGUUCGAUCAGUCCAGCUUACAUUUGUGUGUCUCGUCCUGCCGUGCCUCGUGCUAGGCUAUAUGGGACAAGCUGCAUACCUGAUCGAGAAUCAUGCGGAUGCAAGUCAAGCUUUCUUUUCAUCUGUUCCAGGUGCUGCAUUCUGGCCCGUACUUUUCAUAGCCAACGUUGCAGCUCUGAUUGCCAGUCGCACAAUGACGACUGCAACAUUUUCAUGUAUUAAACAGUCAACAGCUCUGGGUUGUUUCCCUCGUCUCAAAAUUAUUCACACUUCUCGGAAAUUUAUGGGUCAGAUUUAUAUACCUGUCCUAAACUGGUUCCUGCUUGCCGUUUGCCUGGUCGUAGUCUGCUCAAUCUCAAGUAUCACUGAGAUUGGAAAUGCAUAUGGGAUGGCUGAGCUUGGAGUGAUGAUGACAACGACAGUUCUAGUGACGUUAAUCAUGCUUCUGAUAUGGCAGAUAAACAUCGUAAUCGUGUUUGCCUUUCUGAUAGUUUUCCUCGGAGUGGAAUUACUCUUUUUCUCGUCAGUUAUCGCGAGUGUCGGGGAUGGAAGCUGGAUAAUAUUGGUUUUCGCCGUAAUCAUGUUUGGUAUAAUGUAUGUUUGGAACUAUGGAAGCAAGCUCAGGUAUGAAACAGAAGUCGAACAAAAGCUGUCAAUGGAUUUGAUGGGAGAACUUGGGUGCAACUUGGGAACAAUAAGAGCUCCCGGUAUUGGAUUGUUGUACAAUGAGUUAGUGAAGGGAGUGCCAGCAAUAUUUGGCCAUUUUCUGACUACACUUCCUGCAAUCCAUUCCAUGGUCAUCUUUGUCUGCAUUAAGUACGUCCCAGUUCCAGUUGUACCCCAGAGUGAGAGGUUCCUCUUCAGACGCGUCUGCACCAAAAGCUACCACUUAUUCCGUUGCAUUGCCAGGUAUGGUUACAAGGAUGCAAGAAAGGAGAACCACCAAGCAUUUGAGCAGCUACUGAUCGAGAGCCUGGAGAAGUUUAUUCGGAGAGAAGCUCAAGAACGUUCCUUGGAGAGCGACGGGAACGAUGAUUCAGACUCAGAGGAAGAUUUCCCAGGUUCGAGAGUUGUUAUUGGCCCCAACGGAAGCAUGUACUCGAUGGGGGUUCCUCUUCUCUCAGAAUACAGAGACUUGAACAGACCGAUCAUGGAAAUGAACACUUCGUCUAAUCACACAAACCACCACCCGUUUGACGCAUCGUCGGAUUCCUCUGUAUCUGAAGCGGAGCAAAGCCUUGAGAGAGAGCUAUCGUUCAUACACAAAGCGAAAGAAUCAGGGGUGGUGUAUCUACUGGGACAUGGUGAUAUAAGAGCAAGAAAAGAUUCGUGGUUCAUCAAGAAGUUAGUUAUAAAUUACUUUUAUGCAUUCCUGAGGAAAAACUGCAGAAGAGGGAUCGCAAAUUUGAGUGUGCCUCAGUCGCAUCUGAUGCAGGUCGAAAAAAAAGCUUUCGCUUUCACACCUGUAAUAAAAUCCCGAACGAAGAAAACAUACAUACAAAGCUUCUCAGUUCAUGCAUACUCAGAUCGGCUAGGGUUCGUUGAUUCUCUUUGGGAUUACGGAAGUUUGAGAUCUCUUUGGGUGGAUUUUUGGGUUUAUUAUAUUCUUAUGGCGGAUCGCGGAUCUUUUGGACUUAUCAGCCCUCCUCGAUUAGAUAUGGAACAGUUGCUGUCAGAAGCCCAACACAGGUGGCUUAGGCCUGCUGAGAUUUGUGAAAUUCUUCAGAACUAUAAGAAGUUUCAUAUAGCAUCAGAGUCUCCCAUCCGACCCGCCAGUGGUUCGCUCUUUCUUUUUGAUAGGAAGGUGCUUAGAUAUUUUAGAAAAGACGGACAUGUCUGGAGGAAGAAGAAGGAUGGGAAAACAAUAAAAGAAGCUCAUGAGAAGCUCAAGGUAGGAAGCAUUGAUGUGCUACAUUGUUACUAUGCACAUGGGGAAGGCAACGAGAAUUUCCAGAGACGAGUCUACUGGAUGCUUGAACAAGAUUUGAUGCAUAUUGUUUUCGUACACUACUUGGAGGUUAAGGGUAACCGGACAAGUGUCGGAAUGAAAGAAAACAAUUCAAAUUCUGUAAAUGGCACAGCUUCAGUGAAUAUUGAUUCAAUAGCAAGCCCGACCAGCACAUUGUCAUCGUUAUGUGAAGAUGCUGAUUCCGGGGAUAGUCAUCAAGCAAGUUCUGUCUUACGAGCAUCCCCUGAGUCUCAAACUGGAAAUCGCAAUGGUUGGACAUCAGCUCCUGGCGUGCAUAUAGCUUCACAGGUUCAUGGGAACAGGGUCAGAGAAAGUGAUUCCCGGAGAUUAUUUGAUGUCCAAGCUUGGGAUGCCGUCGAGAAUUUGGUGACAAGAUAUGAUCAACCUUCUCAGGUGCUGGUGGAAGAGUGUACAGACAAAAGUGGGCUGUUAACUGCAGAACAUCUGAGAAAUCCUCUUCAAACCCAAUUAAACUGGCAGAUUCCAGUUCAUGAUGACCUAUCAAGGCCAAAAUGGCCUGUGGAUCUGGUUUCGCAUUCUGGAAUGACUGAGGACACUGAUCUGGUGUUAUUUGAGCAAAGUGCACAAGAUAAUUUUCAGACAUUUUCUAGUCUCCUUUGCAGCGAAAAUCAGCAACCUGUUGGGAGUAGUUUUCAAGCUCCUCCUGCAAGUAUGGAAUCUGAAUAUGUAGCUGUAAAGAAAUCGUUGUUAAGACACGAAGAUAGUUUGAAAAAGGUCGAUAGUUUUUCUCGGUGGGCUAGUAAAGAGCUUGGCGAGAUGGAGGAUUUGCAGAUGCAGUCUUCGCUUGGAGAUAUUGCAUGGACCACUGUUGAUUGUGAAACUGCAGCGGCUGGACCCUCCUUGAGCCCUUCUCUCUCUGAGGAUCAGCGUUUCACCAUAGUUGAUAUUUGGCCUAAAUGCGCACAGACUGACGCCGAAGUUGAGGUCAUGGUUAUUGGGACAUUUCUGCUUACUCCUCAAGAAGUAACAAAAUAUAACUGGUCAUGCAUGUUUGGUGAAGUGGAGGUUCCUGCUGAGAUUCUAGUAGAUGGUGUUCUUUGCUGUCACGCUCCGCCGCAUACAGCUGGUCAAGUGCCCUUUUAUAUUACAUGUUCCAACAGAUUUGCUUGCAGUGAAUUACGAGAAUUCGAUUUCCUUUCUGGUUCUACCAAAAAAUUUGAUGCUGCUGAUAUUUAUGGUACCUACACCAAUGAAGCUUCACUUCAGUUGCGGUUUGAGAGGCUGCUUGCUCACAGAGCCUUUGUUUACGACCACCAUAUAUUCGAUGAUGUUGGGGAGAAACGAAGAAAAAUCAGUAAAAUCAUGUUGCUAAAGGAGGAAAAAGAGCUUCCGGGGAUAUAUGAGAGAGAUUCAACCAAACAAGUACCAAAAGAACGGCUUCUCAGGGAACAGUUUGAGGAAGAAGUAUAUAUUUGGCUCAUCCACAAAGUGACCGAAGAUGGUAAAGGUCCAAACAUUCUGGAUGAAGAGGGACAGGGCGUUUUACACUUUGUUGCAGCCCUUGGGUACGAUUGGGCUAUUAAACCGAUUUUAGCAGCAGGAGUUAACAUCAACUUCCGUGAUGCAAAUGGUUGGUCCGCCCUUCAUUGGGCUGCGUUUAGUGGCAGGGAGGAAACUGUCGCUGUGCUUGUCUCUCUAGGUGCUGAUGCUGGGGCAUUGACGGAUCCAUCUCCAGAGCUUCCACUGGGUAAAACAGCUGCUGAUUUGGCCUACGCGAAUGGACACAGGGGGAUUUCUGGUUUUCUUGCAGAGUCUUCCUUAACUAGUUAUCUUGAAAAGCUAACAAUGGACUCGAAGGAAAGCAGUUCUGCCUUAAUUAGUGGACCAAAAGCUGUGCAAACAGUCUCUGAGCGAACCGCUGCUCCUAUGAGCUAUGGCGAUGCACCAGAGACACUUUCCUUGAAGGAUUCACUUACCGCUGUCCGUAAUGCUACACAAGCAGCCGAUCGUCUUCACCAAGUGUUCAGGAUGCAAUCGUUUCAGAGGAAACAGCUGACUGGAUUUGGCGAUGGUGACGAGAUUGAUAUCUCCAACGAGUUAGCUGUUUCUUUUGCAGCUUCUAAAACUAAGAAUCCAGGACACAGUGACGUCUCUGUUCAUUCUGCCGCUAUCCAUAUCCAGAAAAAGUAUCGUGGUUGGAAGAAGAGGAAAGAGUUUCUUUUAAUCCGACAAAGAGUAGUUAAGAUUCAGGCUCAUGUGAGAGGACAUCAGGUCCGGAAACAAUACAAACCAAUCGUUUGGUCUGUAGGAUUACUGGAGAAAAUCAUUUUGCGUUGGAGACGCAAAGGUAGUGGCUUAAGAGGGUUUAAACGCAGUGCAGUCGCCAAAACCGUGGAACCAGAAGCGCCUGUGUCAGUACAAUGUCCUAAGAGAGCAGAGGAAGAUGACUAUGAUUUUCUAGAAAAGGGAAGAAAGCAAACCGAGGAAAGGCUUCAAAAGGCUCUCACUCGGGUUAAGUCGAUGGUUCAAUACCCUGAAGCUCGGGAUCAAUACCGUAGACUCCUGACCGUUGUCGAGGGCUUCCGUGAAAACGAGGCUUCAUCAAGUUCAUCUAUAAACAACAGAGAGGAACUAUUCAACUGUGGAGAAGACGAUUUAAUUGACAUUGAUUCUAUUUUGAACGACGACACUUUGAUGUCUCUUUCUCCUUGAAUGACACAUUUCUGACUCAGCGACUUCGUAUUCAUUUUCAUUCUUUCUCACUUUCUAACUUUUUGCUUUCUCUGUAAAUACCAUAGCUAAUACUACCAUUUUAUUUAUUACUUUGGAUUUAAAUUCAAGAUAUAGAAAUAUUAAAUCUUAUUCACUAUUUCCUUUCGUCGUCUACGUUUUCU